AUGAUUAAGAUCUGGAGCAUGAAGAAGAACGAGGAUGCGGCAGCUAAGAAGAAGCCAAAGACAAGUGCUGCCCAGAUCCGAGUCCAGAAAGACUUGACCGAGCUCGAUCUCCCGCCCACCAUGCAGACGCACUUCCCCGAUCCCAACGAUCUUCUGAACUUCACUCUUACGAUCACACCCGAUGAGGGAAUGUACAAAGGCGGCGCGUUCAUUUUCUCGUUUGCCAUUAACACGAACUACCCACACGACCCUCCGAAAGUCAAAUGCACUCAAACGAUCUACCACCCGAACGUCGACCUUGAAGGCAAUGUCUGCCUGAACAUUCUCCGGGAAGAUUGGAAGCCCGUCUUAAACCUUAAUUCCGUCAUGGUCGGCCUGCAGUACCUUUUCCUGGAACCAAAUGCCGAUGACCCUCUAAACAAAGAGGCCGCUCUUGAGAUGAGUAAGAAUCGCGAAACCUUCCUUCAUAAUGUCAAGAACUCGAUGCGUGGGGCCAGUAUCAAAGGAGUUCAAUACCACAACGUCCUCGUUCAUUGA